UUUCAGUACUCAACACAGACUGCAAUGCAUCGUCAACAAGAAUCAACUGCACGAGUGACAGAGCAGAAACGAUUGGAUGCCGAGAUUACCCUGCGCGUCCAAUGUCAGGCGAUUGUCAUGUACUUCGUAAAAACUGGGAGAAUGGAGAUGAGCCUGGAGGAAUUCAAGACGAUGUUUAAAACGGUGAUGAAAAAGGAAUUCGAGGAUGAGUUGCAUCGAAUUACUGAACCAGGAAAAUCCAAAAUGGCAAUCGAAAGGUACAUCCAAGGAAUCAAUCUUUUGGAUAAAAAAUGCAUUCUUGAUAAUGAUGAAAAUCACAAUGUCCUGUUCAAGUUUGCGCCGAUUGAUCAGGACUUUGCGCAUUCUUCGACAAACCUGAGCACGCCAUCACCAUUGGAGGAAGAAUCGGCACGCGAAAACAAUCACGAGGCUCAGGAAUUGGAUAUAACUGAAAGAAUUGCUCGCAUGAAUCUCAUAGGAGGGAGCGAGUUCCAAAUGCAAUAUUCUUCUUUCCUUACAGCAGUGUCAACGAAACCUUCAACAGAUGCUAGUUUGAAAAAGGAAGCAAGACGACUCGCUGAAAUUUGGUGGGCAAAAAAUUUGAGAUUUUUUCCGCAAACCAUGUACGUGCUGCAGAAACUUGAUCAGAAAAAUCCAGAUGGGUUUAAUUACACUGAUUUUGAGGAAGAGGUUCAGAAAGUGAUCCCAAGGUCCUGGAUACAGAACCAUCAUUCAUUUACACUCUUGUCGCUGUUGAAUGAAGAGAGCCUUUACGUGAAGUUCAACUUGAUAAUGCCCUCGGAUUCUGAGAAUAUGAACAGAGUGAAGGUCAACCAAGUAAUUAAAUUUCUCGGUUUCCAUGAAAUUGGAGACUGUGAGUUUUCUAUGAUCUAUCAAUAUGUUAGUUCAAAGUCCGCUUCAGAAUCUACAUACAGCAUCCACAAAUUCAUGUGUGAAGACUUUCCGGGAUGGGAGACACAAUACAAUAACGAAAAGAAAAGCAUGGAUAGGAUCUUUGAGAUAAUUAUUCAGGAGCAAAAAUUAUUUUGGACGGAAUAUGAUUAUCAUACAUACAAACGCCAUGCAUACAAGAUUGCUGUCCCGAUGGUCUUCUCGCUUAACAUUGUAGACAAAGCUGUUGGAGUUCGAAGUGAUGCUCGCUAGCUAGUUAAUGAUAGCCCUGUCUUUCCCGUUCAACUCGAUCUCUUUGAAAAAAAUUCAUUAAAUCACAUCAGAAUCGCUCGAAAAAAAAAUUUGAAGCUUUCAAGACAAUCCCCAAAAAAGCAUGCUCAAAUCGUUAUUUUGGAAUCUUCAAAUUUUCGGAGCAUUUUUUCUUAUUACGAUGUUUUUUUCCUUAGCCAAAUCUGUUUGUAUGUAUUUAUCAGUUCCCGUUGAUUUAAUGUUUAGUUGGUAGAAAUAAAUAUGAAUAAAGUUUUAAGUUUC